AUGUUGCCCCGGGAGAGGGAGGGACGCGAGCACAGAUACCGCUUUCCUAAGGCUUGGCUCUGCAGGCUUAGCACUAAAGUCUGCUUGGCACCACCUUUUGGGAGAGGUCUGCAAAAGGGGCUCUGGACAAGGCCAUGGAUAAAGGCAGCCGCUCGCCCACCCUGUUCUUUUGGUGCAUGGGAGCGUUUGCAGUCGCAAACCCAGCGAGUUAAUGGUGUUCAUCAUCACCUUGGGAGACAGCGAGAGCCACCUGUGCCAUCCAGCCAUCUGUGCCAUCCAGCCCCUGCUGCUGUGCUCCCACAGAAGGCCGUGGAUGAGAAAACAGAAGAGUUCAAGCUGGUCUACAGGUUUCCGGGGAUUAGGUACUGCCGGGUCCUGUCCAGGCUGAAGCUGUUACAGACUGCCACCACCAUGGCCAUCCUGCCGCCCAUCUGCUACCUCUAUCUGCAACAACAGGUUUCUCUGAGUAUCUUCUUAUACACAACCGGCAUUGCUGUCUUUGCUGGUGCAAUGCUGUAUGGUAUGAGCUACUUUUUCAGACGAAUUAUCGGAUUAAUCUACUUAAAUAAAACUGGCCGUACUGUCAAAGUGGCCCACUUGACAUUUUGGGGAAGACGGAAUGACAUUUACUGCCCCACCGAGUCAGUGGUGACUUUGGAUGAAGUUGGAGAUAGCAAGAGGGAGAUACUUCUUCAGUUCAAACGCCAUGAUAGUACAGAUAUUUUGUAUUUUACGAUUAAGUUUGGCCAGAUCGUAGACAAACAGAAGUUCAGUCAAAUAUUUGGAGAACUUGAGUGAUACAACAGCCAAUUUCAAGUGCUUUCCCAUGUUGCAUGUUCAUUGUGCUUACUUUGUGAUGUUUAAUUAAUCUACCAAACUGACAUGCUUCUGUCAUUUUUCUAUGCAAAGCCUGCUGGUAAGUGCAUUUAGCGUAAAGAACAAUUCACCAGGCUAAACGUCUCUGUAGCUUGUUUAAGGUGUGAGCGGUGGCUGUUCUGUGGCGUGUACAGGGAUGUGCAUGGUGCAGAGUCACCAGCAGCUCCGAGUCUGAACUGUCCCACUGGGAAGGUGCAGCGGGAGGCAGAGUUACCAGUGCUGACCCCGAGUGUUUCAGUUGGCCUCUGAGAUUGUUUUGAAACAGGAAAAAACUCUUGGAGUGAAAUGCAGUAACUCUACCAGAGCAUGCUCACCUUAAAUUAAUUGUUUCAUUUAGUGAAUUUUAGGUUGACUGGGAAGCCUUUUGAAAUUAAAACUUGUCUUAUACCUACAUAUGAUAAAUAAAGCUGGAUGUGAGAGAGACAUGCAUUGAUGAACUCAGGAUAAUUGGCAAGAAGGUAGAAGAGGUGUAAGGUGCGUGGGGUCUCUUGGCAAGGUCUUCCAGGAUGUGAACGUGAGCAAAGCAAGGGUACAUGUUGCCAGUUCAGCUGUAAGGGUAAGUUAGAGACUGGGACAGCAUUUCAGGAGCCUCUCAUAGAAAUUGCUUUCCCAUUGGAAUCGAGGAAAACCACACCUGAACUAUGGUGCUGUGAGUUACAGGGACAGUCUGUCACCCUUGGUCAGUUUGGAUCCUAAUGACCAUCUGAAAAUUUGGAACUACUUGUCCUUCUGGGCAUAUAUUCAUGUUUGUUUUGUAUGUGCAAAUGAUGUUUAAUCAGUGCUGUAACACUUGAGUUGCAAAAGCUUCAGUAAAUGUUACCAAAAUUACCUUAGACUAUGUGAAUUAAACCAUCUUCUAUGAAGUUGACCAUACAGCCUGGGAAACAAGUCAUCUGUGUCCCCUGAUGCGUUUACCGAUUUGGGCGUAUUUUAACCUCAAAAGCUCUGUUGUCAAAUACACUUUCCAUCCCUACUCCUCCAAUCUGGGUUUACCUAAAAUGAAAAAAGGUAAGAUAGCUAAAAGCUGUGUUGAAUUACGGCUCAAAAUACGUGUACUUUGUAUUCUGUUGAACUUGGCAGGGUUGGCUGCCUCAGCAUCUCCAGGUCUGUGAAGGCCACUGGUCUCACUCUGCGGUGUUAGUAUGACUCAUUCUUUUCUAAAACCAAAACUUCAGUAGAAAGGAAGAGCAGGAUUUAAACCCAGGAAAGAAACCUGAUCACUUGUAACAUGUGAAACUUUUUUUGAAUUGUCAGAAGCAAGUUAACUCUUAACACCAAUAGAGAAGUUUGCAGAGCAGCAGAUGCAGGUAAGUUAAGUCACUGUUUAAGUGCACAGGCUAACCCCGAUUUACUAUUUAUUCGUGUUGAACUUCUCCUAAUGGGGACUCUAUUAUUUUAAAUUUUGGCCAAUAGUGUAUGGUAGAGUAAUAUCUAAAGGAAGAGAGAAAUGGUCCAUGGCUUAAACCCUAUGGCAGCAAAAUACAGUGGACUCUAUGAAACACUGUGUUUUUUGAGGCUUAUUUUCAUAAGAAUGUAUUUAAUAUGCGCUAAUGAUUCAGUUUAGUCAUGUACCAAGUGUAAAGUAAAAAGCCCUGGAGAAGUUCAAUUAUAAAUAUUUUAUUUAAUAAUAUUGAUUACACAUGAGAUGUCAUUCGUUAUGAAUCUGUGUACAGUUACUAGUUACACCAUGACGUGUAGUUAAGUAUUUGUUUAAACAUUUAUUUGGCACUGUCCACAGUAUGCUGUAAACAACAUUAACUUUAUAUGCUUCAGCUGCAGUGCUUUCUAUGUAUUCUCUAACAUGAUUUCAUCAACAUGUUGUACACAAUUAUACAGUUACUGAGUGUCAGUAAAAAUUAUAAAAACACCUAGAGUAUUCAUAAUAAAAGUGAAGAUGUGGUAAGACUUCAACUUACUGGACCUUUGCUUCUGUAAAAGUACAAGACUUGCUAGAGACAUUUACUAAAACUACUGCACUGAUAUGUUGAACAGAGUAAUUCCCAAAAUGCUGUCGGAUACAGUUCUUGGUUUGACUCUCCUCUUGCUGAUAAUACGCUUACGAGGACAGUGAUGACCGUGAGGUUUUGCUGAACACCAGUUUACUAGUCCUUCCCCCCAAUUUCUACCACCUCUGUUCAAAAACCUGCUCAGGUUCUGACCAGCUGGCACCAGAAUUGUGGUUUCUGUAGAGAGGUUUACAGAGGUAUUUUUAAGCUAGCAGAAGUGAGGGUACUUGAGUUUCCCAAUACCAGCACUCAAGCUGGGAAAAAAACAUGAUUAACACUUCUCAAAGCAGGUAAAGAAACCUUUCACAUUUUGGUAGCUGUGCUCUGUCUCUUACUAUGUACUUAAAAAUUGUGGCCAGAUCCUAAUAGAGUGACUGUAAAGUCCGCUGUGGUCCCUGGUUUUUGGUGCACAACAUAAAGUUAAACUUAGUAAGCAAAAUUCAGAUGCUUGCUAGCCAAG